UAACGGUACAUCUUUCCUUCCUCUUACCACAAGUGACCAGUGUGAUAAACAUCAUCAAUAUGGAAUCUGAUUAGCCGGCAAGGCGGCCUUAUAGUUGCGGCUUUUUUCCACUCGCUGCGCCAUUCACGGUUUUUCUAUCACACAGUGCAAUGAUGUAUGGACAAAUCUUUGCUUCCGUUUGGAUAUGCGUCGGACUCGGAUAUGUUAGCGGCGAUCAACCGGAUUAUCCCGUAAAAGUCCAGAGCCAGCACACCGCGCAGAUAACCGGGAAUUUCACCGCCAGUGUAAAAGAUGGAUUAGCCAAUCAUUUACCGAACCGUUAUACGAAUGUCAACGUUCCAUUAAAUGACUGGCAACCGCGGCCGCUGACCUCCGGGCAACCGAAUGGCCAUCCCACGGGUUAUCCCACUGGCAACCAGUAUCCUAAUCGCGAUCAGGCCAAGGAUGCGGCGGAGGAGGAACAGGAUGCGCAAGAGUCGGAUGACGAUCAUAACGGCAGUGAUAAUGAGGAUAACAGCGAUUCAAAGAGUUCGGAAUCAUCGGAAUCGGCGAACAACGAAGAGGAAAAUAAUGAGGCUGGUCAGAAUGAAGAGGAGCAGGGCGGUGGAUCGAACAAGGAAGGUGGCAACGGAAAUAGCGGUAAUGGGCCGAGUGCGCGUGUACCGGAAAUUGGACCGCUCCCGGAUCCGGUUAGCGCGCAGUUGUCGGCCAUGUUCGGAUCUCCGGUACAACGUGCUGCACUGAUAGCUGCGGUACCAGUUGCUCAGCCUCUUAUCGCCUGCGGCAUAACCUGCAACAAGAUCAGCUCCAAACUCUACCUGUCUGACAACAGCGCAUCCAAAUCUUAUCCGACCAAACCGGAAAAAAUUCAGCAACCUGCGGAAAACUAUGCUUCCCAGCUGCGCCCAUCAUCACCUGGUGACCUCCAGUACGAUAUGUCCAUGCAGCACCAAAACAUCCGCGCAGCUGUCGUUCCCUUCUACCCACCUAUCGGCCAUAGUUACACCAAUCUCGUCAAGACAGCUCAACAAACGCGACCUUUAUCAGAGAACACCAUAGAGAAAACCGAAAAACCCAUUCCUGUUAAAACGUACGCGCAGGGCGCCAAUAAGUUCCAAAAACAGAAGCAAGCCGUACCGGAGAUUCAUAUCAACUUCUCGGUGAUGAAACCGUUGGGUGCCGGUCAGAUGUUAGGCACACCGCUAAACCGCGGACCGAUGUAUCCACCGGUAAAUUAUCCCGUGAAUUUCCAUUCACAACCACAACCAUUAUCGGUGAAUCCACCCAAAGAAGCGCUGGCAGUUAUGCCCAAUAUGAAUAAUAUAAACAAUCCGAAGCCGGUCGCGGAGACGAAUAUGAACGUCCGUGAUUCGGAUGAUUCCAACAGUGACAGCAGCUCCGGUCCGAAAAUGCCGGCAGAAAAUCAGGAGAAUCGGACAGAUCCGUUGAACGCGCUGCAUUUUGAUGCGGUCCCCCUUCAGUAUGGUGGCCGACAGGAAAGGUCAGUGGAGCGACGGGGUGUGGUCUUUCCCAGUAAAGCUAAAACCCGAACAGCGGAGGUAUCGGCUAGUUUGGAAGUCAAACCGAUCAAGACCGGGAAUGUCAUAUCGCCACGCGACCGGCUUAAGCCGAAAGUAACAGCGCAUGCUAAGCGGCAUCGGAUAAGUGCAUCCGGUCGGACGGGUAGCGCCGGUGCGAGGGACGACGCGCCGGUGACGAAGUAUUUCCGCAUGCAGGGAAAAUAUUCGUUUCCCGGCUAAUGCUAAAAAUGUGAUGAGUACCGUAUUCUGAUGGCGUUUAAUUUUGAGACUAAUUAUUUUUUUAUUUUUGUGCGGUCUGCGCAGUAUAUUUGAAUGCGA